AUGGAAAUGGUCUUUCUUCUGUUGAUGCAAUAUUUUAUGAUAACAUUUAUUGAAGCUAUUUUUUAUACAAAAGGGCAAAUUUCAAGUUUACAAUGUACGCAACAUUCAUUUUGCUCUGAACGUGAUCGUGCUCGUUGGUUAGAAAGACGUCGAUUGUAUCAAAUUUUAUUUACGCUCAGAAAUGAACCAUUCACGCAAAUUCAAAUGCCUAUGCCAGCAUUAUCAAUUAAUCGUUGGCAUAAUUACUUAUGCUAUGAAUAUCAAAGCGCAGCAUUUUUAAUGGAAAAUGAUAGUGAACGUUGGCAAAUAGCAUGCUUAUGGAAUGGUAACGAUAUUAAUGGGACAUGUGCGCCAGCACCGCCCAGUAAUAAGCCAAUUAAUUAUAUUGAACCAGAAAAAUGGCGACAAAUGUUAUAUAAAUUUCGAAAAAGUAUUGGUUGUACAACAAAAGCUAUUUGGGAGGCAGAAAAGGCACAAGAAUUAUAUGUUUGUACGGAACGUUGUUUACAUGGCGGAAUUGGUUAUAUGCCAGUAUUGUUUAUUGCUAUGACACUUAUGAUAUCCAUCACUUUGUUAUGUUUUCGAGGAUAA